CGCUUCCGCUUCCCGCGGCCGCGGCCGGCGCUCCCUGCGCGCCCCGCGCGGCAUGGCGAGCUACAGCCGGGCGGCCCAGCAAUGGGCUACUUUUGGUAGAGCCUGGUACCUCCUCGAUGCGAAGAUGCAGCCCCCAGGAAAACUAGCAGCUGCCACUGUCAUCAGACUCGAAGGCAGACAUAAACCUAUUUAUCAUGCACUAAAUGACUGUGGAGAUCAUGUUGUCAUAAUAAAUACAAGACAUAUUGCCUUCUCUGGCAACAAAUGGGAACAGAAAGUAUAUUCUUCACAUACUGGUUAUCCUGGUGGUUUCAAGCAAGUGACAGCAACUCAGCUCCAUUUGAAGGAUCCAACUGCUAUUGUUAAACUGGCUGUUUAUAGAAUGCUUCCAAAAAACCUUCAGAGAAGAACUCUGAUGCAGAGGCUACACCUGUUCCCCGAAGAUGUUAUUCCAGAAGAUAUAGAGAAGAACCUUCUACAAGAGAUUCCUCAGCCACGUGCAGUCCCCAAGAGGUUGGAUGAAUAUACACCAGAAGAAAUUGCUGCCUUUCCGAAGGUUUGGACUCCACCUAAAGAUUUUCGAAGGAAGUAAUAAGAAUGAAAGAAGUGCCAUCAAGAGUGUCUCUCCUCCUUCAAAGAAAAUUCUUCUAAUAUGGAAGCAUCUGUGUGGCUCAGUCAGCCCUUCUAUACUGAAUGUUUCUGACAGCUGUUAGUAAAUUUGGCUUGGUAAGAUUAUAGAAAUCACUGUAUUUGAAACAGCUAAGAUUAGGUAUUAUCUUGUCAAUGCCAUCUGUACUCUGUAUUGUAUGAUCUGGUAUUUUUUCAUGACAUUUGAUUUAAUACUGUUAUUAAAGAAUGAAUACCUUUGUAAUGAGUACUUGCAUCUCAUAGAAACAAUACACUGACUACUGCUAUGAAGUAGCUCACUGCUGACAACCCAGUGUAGAACAGAUUUCCUCAAAGAGCUUGGUGAAAUAACAGGUAUUAAAGGCAGAUCAACAGAGA